AUGCCAGCCUAGUAUCAGUUCAUCUAUUUAAGCUUGAGAAAUAAAAACCCAGUUUCAUAAGUGAAUUCUUUAUUUUACAGAGUUAAUCGAAUUCAAGAUUAGCAACCAUGGAUAAAACAAUAGUGUGCCUCUUGAUUUUGGGAUGCCUGGUGGGAAUAUCGCACUGCGGCCAGCCCGGUCGACCCGGGGUAAUGAUGCCCGGUGGGGUUAGUGAAGAAUCACCUGCAACGGCCGAGGAUCAAGAACUUGCGAAUAAGGUGAAAGACGCUGUUGAGAGAGCAGAAGAACGAACGUUCGAAAAAUUCGAAGCGAAGACUGUACGAACCCAGGUUGUCAACGGAUGGUUCCACUAUGUGAAGGUGGACGUUGGUAAUGGAGAAUUCAUCCAUGUGAAGAUACAUCAACAUUGGAACGGGAAAAUCUCACUGCAGUCUUACAGAGCUGGGAAGACAUCUGACGAUCCAUUGGAGUCGUUUUACUAGUUUAAAUCGUGACGUGGACUUUUCAUUUUAAAUUACGUUAGCAGCAAUAGAAGCUAAUGCGAGAAUAUCUACAUCAAGAAUUUAAACUGUAACUCGAUGAUAUAAUUAAAAAAAUAAAAAACAAAAGUCAGCAAUUCCGUCAGUGAAUAUAUUUCCCAUUCAUUGUAACACCCCAGUCACAUUUCCUACGG